CUCUUGCGCAGUCUCCAGCCGACAGCCCGGCCCGGCGCGGCGACGCUGUAGUCGUGGUUUCUGUAAGGCAGGCGGGGCGGCUCAUUGAGCCGCCGAGAAGAUAAGGCUCGCCUAACCUCGGGGCGCGCAGCCUGCUGGCGCCCACCAUGGAGCGGCUCCCGAAGCUGGCGGUCUUCGAUCUGGAUUACACGCUCUGGCCGUUCUGGGUGGACACGCACGUAGACCCGCCGUUCCACAGGAGCAGCGACGGGGCCGUCCGGGAUCGGCGGGGCCAGGCCGUCCGACUAUACCCAGAGGUGCCCGAAGUCCUGCGACGGUUGCAGGACCUUGGCGUGCCCGUGGCGGCCGCUUCACGGACCGGGGAGAUCGAAGGGGCCAAGCAGCUUCUGGAGCUCUUUGACCUUGACAGAUACUUUGUUCAUCGGGAAAUCUAUCCCGGCAGCAAGGUCACCCACUUUGAAAGGUUGCAGCAGAAGACUGGAGUGGUUUUCUCCCAGAUGAUCUUUUUUGAUGAUGAGAAGCGGAAUAUCAUAGACGUCAGCAAACUGGGUACUGAGUGGUGAGAUUAGCCAUUUGGGGAACGAGGAGAAAGGGUUCCAAUGGGGGAUUAGGAGUUACCUGCAUUCUUGUCCAGAAUGGAAUGAGUCUUCAAACCCUAACUGAGGGACUAGAGACAUUUGCAAAGGCCCAAGCUGGACCCUGAGGUCCAGUCCUGCGGCUGAGCCUCACCGGAGGCAUAAAACGGAAAGGAAAUCGGGAAGGCAUUUCCAGAUGUAUUUGUAAAUUAUUAAAGUAUGUUUGUGUGUGA